AUGUCAAGUGAGAGUUCGGUGUCGUUCAGCGCUAGCUCCCGAAUAAGACAGUUCGGCUUGUACAGGACCAUCGAUGCCCGAACUGAGGAGUUCCUCAAACAGUCGAGGAAACGGCAAGUCAAACAAGGCUGUGUGUGCGCUACUAUAUCGACGGCGAUCACUGUUACGGUUGUAAUUACAGUUUUCCUGGUCUACGUGGAAACAGGAAUAAAUCGAGAUUCAAGUAAACAACCUAUUACAAAAUCAAAUUGGAUCGGCCUCAUCAACGACAGCACCUCUUCAUCCUUUGACGAAAAGUUCUCUAAAUCCAAAUUGAACUUUGACAGAGCAACAAUCAAAUUAUUACCCCUUUUGAUUAAAGCUUUGAAACAAAAUAGAUUUCUAGAAAAGAUAAUUGAAGAUUAUUCUAGUCCUAGUCCUGUUUAUGAAAGGAGAGUAACGACAGAAUCGAUACUAAAAAAAAAUAUUUUCAUCAAUAAAAAUAGUUGGAUGAAGAAACCUACAUCGAGACUGUACGCGAUAGAAUACAAGACGUCUCCAAUACUCUUCACUUACAACAACGCUAAUACAAAAUUAGCUUACUUUACAAAAAUCCGAAAAAUAAGGGACUACAAUAGAAUCAUGCAAUACUUUGAAAAAAGUAAUACCGAUAAAGAUAAUGAUCAUACUUUGUCGAUGUACAGCGAUGAUUAUAACAGCGUAACCAAGAAAACGCUAAAUUCCAAAGUCGACAGCCCAUUAAAAACAGUCAAAACUUAUUCAAACCAACCUUCUUCUAAAAGAUUAAAACCGCUGCAAAUAAUAUCAAAUAGCAAAAAUAAUAAAAAUGAGAUAGUAGGUUGUAAAUGUGAACCAUCACAAUUGAGUAUGCUCUUAAAUAAAAUUCUUUCCAGCCUUCAAACCUUUUUACCUGGUUUCAAAUUAAAUUUAGAGCAAAAAAUUUCUACAAACUCGACGCCCAAUAAGACAAAGAGAAUUAAUACUAAAUUAAUUGAGAAAAAAAAGACAACUUUACCAUUACAUUUAUCAGAGUUUGAUAAUAUAUUCCAGGUUCAAGAUAAAAUCAGUUCAAUCGAAUUCAAAAGUAAAUUGCGCAAAGAAAAUUUAACUACUGAAAUAAUAGACCGUGACUGUGGUGCUAAUAUAAAUUUUAAAUCUGAUAUGAAUGCAACUGAUGAGAAAGAAACCCCCUCAACAUUGACUACGGUAAAACAAAGUGCUGAGCCUACUGAGUAUAAAAAACCAUUGUUUUUAACACAACCGAUAUCGACAUCACCGACAUCAGUUCUAGAUAUUCUCCAAACAAAAAAUCUCAUUACUACAACAAGAAAAUAUGUUUCACAAUAUAGUAAAAAAAAUAUUGGAAAGAUUAAUAGUCAGCAUAGUAACAAAUAUCCUAUUGUUAAACCAACAUUAAACCAAGAAAUGAAACCUUUUUUCAAUUCGUAUUAUCCCACUAUCACUGAAAAAAUUAAUUAUCUCGAUGCAUCUAGCAUAGAAUUAUUCAAAUCAAAAAUCUUGCCUUCUAGAUAUCACAGCAAUCUGAAGACAUUUACUGUUGGUCCAAGGCUUCGUAAUUAUCACUUACCUACUAUAAACAAAACAACUCAACCUCCUCCAAAGUUGUUUCUACAUGAAACUACAUAUAAGUUUAAUAAAACAAGUGUAGUUAGUAAUUUACGGAUUGGAGAAAAUGUCACUGAAAAGAAAGAGUUAAUAAAUUCUACACCUUUUAUUGCACAAGAAGAUUAUAAACAUGAAUCUCAAAGUAAUGAAUCGUUGUACUUUUAUUAUCAAGCUUAUACUCCAUCAACUAAAAGAACUAAUGUGAAAUCUACAUUAAAUGGCAAGAAAAAUCGAUAUAAUUUCAAUAUCCACACUAGUAAGACCGAAGAAAUUGAGUCUACAAACGAUAAUGACUAUCAAGAAGAAAACUACUUUAAACCAACUGAAAGUAUGACUUCAUUACCUCUUACUGUAAUAAAUAACACAGUAGUAAUACUACUAAUUUACGAGUAUGCAGUUGCGAUAGAAUCAAGUCUAGUACAAGUAAAAAGAAAAGCUAUUAGAAGAGCUAAUAUUAACGUAACUAAUGACAAUCCAGUGGCAGAUAGACUCGACCGAAGUUACUUUGGAUUCGACCAAGAUUAUUACGAACGAAUGCCUCUUUUGGUAAAUGCAAUGCAAGAAAAUACUUAUGUAGAUUCUACAGUAGAGAUUGUCCCAGAAGAGAAGCAAAGUAAUCUUUUUCUAAGAAAAUUAAAACCAGGUCCUAAAAUAAGCAAGGAUCUAUUUAAACCGUAUCAAUUAAGAAGAACAAGCCCUAGACCCUUUAUUUUUGAAUACAAAUCGCCGACUCCUGUGCCAUUUAGCAGGACAUAUGGUUCAAAGAGUUGGAUUGAAAGUUAUCGAAAUGCACAAAGACUCCAAAAUAUUCAACAAGUGAUAAAAUAUUUGGAAAAAACUAUCAAUGCAAAGAUUGGCGAUAUGUAUACUGUACCUACCAAUAAACAAAUCGCAUUUACAGGGGUAUAUAUAGAACCAAAAAAUAAUAAUAAAACACCACUUUCUGGCACAGGUGAAGCCGAUCUAAACAUAGUUGGGGAAAACUCAGAGAGAGUUGACAUUUACAAAUCUAAUCACAAGUCAGAUCCACUUUUUAAAUACAAACCAGAUAACCCCGGUGAAGUCAAUCUAUUAGCUGACAGUUUUUUACGAUUUUCACCAACAUUUUUUGAAAGUGAAAAUUAUAAGUUACCAAUAUUUAGACCGAUACCAGACCAAAAAAAACGUUGCAUUGGGAACAGUUGUGAGAACAUAGAUCACAGUAAAAUUGGUACACAAACAGGUUUAAGUGAAAAACUUAUACCAGAUUCUUCAAUUUUUAGUAAACCAAAAAGUUUUAGUGUUAUGCUUAAUUUGUUUCCAAUCAAAAGUGACGUAAAAAACGAAAAUACCAAAAACAAAGAUAAAUUAAGACCGAAUUCAGACAAAAUCUAUAUAAGUACUUCAAAACCACUUAUAUUUUUUAAAAAGAAAACACGAAUUCCAGUUGGACGAAGAACGAUUCCUGUAAAAAGACCACGUUUACUAAGCCAGAAUAAAGUAUCUUCCCACAAUGCAGAGCAUGAAUCGGAUUUACCGAUGAUAAAUCAUAAACCUUUAAGUUCAAGUAUGAUAGUGCAAAUUAAUUUAUACACACCAGAAAAAAGCAGUGAAACGACGACUGAAAUGAGUAACCUUAAAUAUUUCUUUAAUAAUAGCCAAUCUACUACUACCACCACGCACGCUAAUCAUUUUGUGCCGAUAUCGCCUUACACUACUGAAAUUCCAAUUUAUUUGUCAACAACACAAGUAGAAGAUUUUCAUGUUGGAAGUUCUGGCAUUGUGCCUAUCGAAGCAAGAACACUCCCUCCACCACCUCCAUUAUUACUUCCUGCUACCACCACAACUACUGUGCCAUCUAUUUUUGACGUCACAUUGUCAAGCACCGAAGGAGCGUGGUAUACAAAGCCACCUGAUAUACUUAAAUUUAGUCAUGAAGACGCUAGAAUAUCUGACGAAUAUAGAAUAUAUCGUGAAUCAGAAUAUCAAGAUAACAAAGUUUUGAAUAGAAGAAAUUCUAGAGAUAAAAUUGACUUUCAUGAUAUUGAACAGCAAACAAUAUUAACUAUCCUUGAAAAUGACAAUAUUACUACCACUGCAGAGACAGUUAUCGAAAAAGAUGAUUCUAGGUUAAAUGAAACAAUUACGACUACAACUCAAAUUAACGGGCAUUAUAGGAAUAUGUAUAGAUACUCCAAAAUUUUAAAUACUCUGUUAGAUCCUAAUUCAGAAAUAAAUAGGAAACGAAGACUUAGUUUAUUAGCCAAAGGUUUUCGAAGACCAGAUUUCUCACUUUCUUAUACUGAAAUCAAAAGAAGUAAAACUUAA